AUGAAGUUCCAGAUAGAUGCCUCAUCUUGCCCCAGAAGUAAUUUCUUUCCUAUCCUUCAUGAAUGGUAUCAACCAGGAAAUCUCGUCAUUGGUGGAAUCACAGCUCAGAUUGUAUAUGUACUGGAGGAACAUUUCUUUGAAGAGCAUCCUUCACAGAAGUCAUUUAUGCCACCUCUAGCCGUUUUAAAGUUGUAUCAGCAUUCCCUGAGUUUGGCAUUUGCUGUGAAACAGAUCAACUCAAAUCCAAGACUCUUGUCUAAUGCUACUCUGGGAUUUUUCAUCUCUGACAACUAUUUUGAUGCCCGGCUUACUUACCUUUCCACUUUGGAGCUGCUCUUCCGAUCAGAUCAGUUGGUUGCCAACUACAAAUGUGAUAUCAAGGAGAAUCUCAUUGUGGCCAUUAUUGGAGGAUUUGGUGCUGAUAUCUCAUUCUUCAUGUCAGAUAUCAUAAGUCCUUAUAAAAUCCCACAGCUCGCUUAUGGCUCAUUUGCUCCCAAGAAGCAUGAAUCAAAGAUGGCUGCUUCCUUUUACCACAUGGCUCCCAAUGAAAGCCUUCAGAUUGUGGGGAUUAUCCAUUUGCUGAAGCAUUUUGGAUGGACCUGGGUUGGCCUUAUAAUUCUGGAUGAUGAGAGUGGAGACAAUUUCCUCCAAGCCCUGGAUCCACUUCUUUCUGAGAAUAGGAUCUGCUCUGCCUUCGUGGAGAGAUUUCCUAAACAAGCAUUUUUUUCUAUAUUUCAAAACACAAUAGUGGAAAGGAUAUAUGUAUUUUUGAUGGACACCAAAAUCAAUACAUUCCUCUUGUAUGGGGAAAGCACCACAGCAAUGCUUCUGUUUAUGUUCCUUAAAUAUGCCUAUGCUCCGAAAAUAUAUGGAAAAAUGUGGAUUCUAACAGCUCAAAUGGAUUUAACAUUAACAAGCCUUCACCGACCCUCAGAUCUGCAAUUGUUUGAUGGAGCAAUUUCCUUUGCUAUUCACUCCAACGAACUGCCAGGGUUCAAUGAAUUUCUCGGGGCCCUUAAACCAUUCCAGACCCAACGAGAUAGCUUGUUGAAAAAGCUCUGGGAACAAGGCUUUGACUGCAUCUUUUCAGAGAGGAAUAACCAAGUAAAAAAUGAUGAAGCAUGUACUGGAAGAGAGGAACUGAACACCCUUCCCCAGCAUUUAUUUGAAAUGACAGGCCAUAGCUACAGUAUCUACAAUGCAGUCUAUGCUGUAUUUCAUGCUGUUCAUGGCAUGAACUCAUUUAAGUCUAAAUACAAAAGAGUAAAAGAGAAUAGAAGGGAUGAACUUCAAGGUCAAGACACCUGGAAGCUUCAUGGGUUCCUUCAAGGCCUUUCGUUCAAUAAUUCACUUGGAGAAACUGUGUCCAUCAACCACCAUGGAGAAGUGCUUUCUGGAUUUGAUAUUACAAAUGUGGUCAUGUUUCCAAACAACUCCUACCAUAAAGUGAAAAUUGGAAAGAUGGAACCUAAAACACUUGCAGGAAACACAUUUGUGAUUCAUGAACAUUUCAUUGUUUGGCACAAAGAUUUUGAGCAGUGCUGGACCAAUGCCACAACUUGCCCCCAAACUCAUACGUCUUCUAUCCUUCAUGAAUGGUAUAAACCAGGAAACCUCCUCAUUGGUGGGAUCACAGCUCAGAUUGUAUAUGUACUUGAGGAAAAUUCCUUUGAGGAACAUCCUUCAAAGAAAUCAUUUAUGCCACCUCUUUUCAUUUCACUUGUCUCCAAUUAUGUUAUCAGAGCCAUUUUAAAGUUGUAUCAGCAUUCCCUGAUUUUGGCAUUUGCGGUGAAACAGAUAAAUUCAAAUCCAAGACUCUUGUGUAAUGUUACUCUGGGAUUUUUCAUCUGUGAUAACUAUUUUGAUGCCCAGCUGACUUACCGUUCCACUUUGGACCUGCUCUUUCGAUCAGACCGGUUGUUUUUCAACUACAGAUGUGAUAUCAAAGAGAAUCUCAUUUUGGCCAUUAUUGGUGGAUUUGGUGCUGAUAUCUCAUUCUUCAUGUCAGAUGUCAUAAGUCUUUAUAAAAUCCCGCAGCUUCACUGGUUUCUCCAAGGCCUUUCAUUUAAUAAUUCACUUGGAGAAUCUGUGUCCAUUGACCACCAUGGAGAAGUGCUUUCUGGAUUUGAUAUUGCAAAUGUGGUCAUGUUUCCAAACAACUCCUACCGUAAAGUGAAAAUUGGAAAGAUGGAUCCCAAAGCAAUUGAAGGAGAAAAAUUUGUGAUUCAUGAGCAUUUAAUUGUGUGGCACAAAGAUUUUGAGCAGGUCUUGCCUCAUUCAGUGUGUAAUGAUCCCUGUCCUGCUGGCCAUCAGAAAAAAAAGAAAGAAGGUGAGAAAUUUUGCUGCUAUGACUGUGAUCCAUGUUCAGAUGGGAAGAUGUCAAAUAUGUCAGACAUGAUUGCCUGUUCUGAAUGUCCAGAAGAUCAAUAUCCAAGUAAGGACAAAGUUCGAUGCAUCCCCAAAAUUUUAAUUUUUCUAACUUUUCAAGAACCUUUAGGGAUCAGUUUGGUUGUGGUUGCUACUUUGUUCUCAAUCAUUACAACAUUCAUACUUGCAAUAUUCAUUAAGUAUAAAGACACUCCAAUGGUUAAAGCUAACAACAAGGACCUGACUUACACUCUCCUUAUCUCCCUUCUGCUUUGCUUCCUCUGCUCUUUCCUCUUCAUUGGAAAACCCCUUAGAUUGAUUUGCUUCCUUCGACAAUCCGUGUUUGGCCUUAUCUUCUCUGUGGCUAUUUCUUCUGUAUUGGCCAAAACCACCAUGGUCAUUGCAGCAUUCAUGGCCACCAAACCAGGAUCUAGCAUGAGAAAAUGGUUGGGAAAAAGACUGUCCUUCUUAAUUGUUUUUCCUGGCUCCUUCCUUCAAGCAGGCAUUUGUCUGGCAUGGAUGAUCACUUCUCCCCCCUUUCCAGAACUUAACAUGCGAUCCAUGACUGAAGAGAUCAUAGUAGAAUGUAAUGAAGGGUCUGUUGUGAUGUUUUAUCUUGUCUUGGGCUAUAUGGGGUUUCUAUCUCUGAUCAGCUUCAUGGUGGCUUUCUUGGCUAGAAACCUGCCUGAUACAUUCAAUGAAGCCAAGUUCAUCACUUUCAGCAUGCUGGUAUUUUGCAGUGUUUGGUUGUCUUUUGUUCCAACGUAUUUGAGCACCAAAGGAAAGUAUAUGGUAGCUGUGGAGGUCUUUUCUAUCUUAGCUUCUAGUGCUGGGUUAUUGGGAUGUAUCUUCUUCCCCAAAUGCUUCAUUAUUUUGCUGAGGCCUGACCUCAACAGCAAAGGUCAACUUGUAAAGAGAAAGUAUUUCUGA